UACCGGCUUGGUCGACGCUGUCACAUGUUUAGUCAACGGCGACAUGGCGGCCGUGGCGGCACAAGUGGUGGAGCUUGACGUGGACAACCAACAGGUUGAACUUUCAAAAAUGUUCCCAGAAGACCACUGGAAAGUCCAACAUGAAAGGAUGCAUGCAAAGCAUAGAGGUCAUGAGGCUAUGCAUGCCGAAAUGGUCCUGAUACUCAUAGCCGCGCUGGUCAUAGCACAGAUCGUCUUGGUCCAGUGGAAACAAAGGCACUGCAGAUCUUACAAUCUGGUGACCUUGCUGCAGAUGUGGGUCAUUCCUUUGUAUUUCACCGUAAAACUUUACUGGUGGCGUUUUCUGUCCACAUGGGGAAUGUUCUCUGUAAUAACCAGCUACGUCAUCUUCAGAGCAACCCGCAAACCACUUUCUGGAAGGACACCACGAAUGGUUUACAAGUGGUUCCUCCUUAUCUACAAACUGAGCUAUGCAGUUGGCAUUUUGGGAUACAUGGCCAUUAUGUUCACCAUGUUUGGAUUCAACUUAUUCUUAAGAAUAAAAACUGAAGAUUCUAUGGAUUUUGGUGUAAUUCUCCUCUUUUAUGGUUUGUACUAUGGAGUGAUGGGAAGAGAUUUUGCUGAAAUAUGUUCUGAUUAUAUGGCGUCCACUAUAGGGUUCUACUCUCGUGGCGGGAUGCCUUCGAGGAGCCUGUCCAAUGAUAUCUGCGCUGUAUGUGGACAGCAGAUUUUUGUGAAUUUGAAUGAAGAAGGAAUUAUUGAGAACACGUACCAGCUGUCCUGCAACCAUAUAUUUCAUGAAUUUUGCAUCCGUGGCUGGUGCAUCGUGGGCAAAAAGCAGACCUGCCCCUACUGUAAUGAGAAGGUGGACCUCAAGAUGAUGCUGAAUAACCCCUGGGAGCGCACCCACGUCUUGUACGGGCAGCUGCUGGACUGGCUCCGCUACUUGGUCGCUUGGCAGCCAGUCAUCAUCGGACUUGUUCAGGGAAUUAAUUACUCUUUAGGCCUUGAGUGACGACAUUGCGUUAGUAUUUAUUCUACAUGUAUAAUGGAAACCUCUGGCCAUACAGUAUGUAAAUUCUGUACUUAGUUUACAAAAUAAACCAACUUUGUACUGAGUGAUUUA